GGUCCAAUUGAAAUUAGAAAUUAAUUGAAGGGUCCGAUUUGUAAUUUGGAAAAAGCUAAAUAGCCAGGCAGCCAUUGUUUCAUAGUUUCUGUUUGAUGCCCAGCUUUCCCAGUCCUGUUUCCGCCGCCGGAUUCUCCUCAAGUCAGGAGUUCAGGAACUAGCUUCAAACCUGUGAAUUUUUCUUCAUGGUCAUUUAUGUUCCGAAAUGCUUUCAAAGGGUCCCCGCUUUCUAGGUGCUACUUCAAAAUCUUCUGUCUUUAAACGUUGCUCAUCUGCUGUGUCUCCACAUGUGGAAGGCCUGUCAAGACUAUCCGACCUUGACAUUAUUAUAACUAGAGUUCCUGUUGGAACCAGUGAUGAUCAAGUACUAUCGUCUCUUUCGCACGAUCAAGCGUGUAACAGCAUUCAGCUCACGCAUGGACUUGUGCAUCAGUUGUUUUAUCGGUUUAAGAAUGAUUGGAAGUCGGUAUUGGGUGUGUUCAGGUGGGCUGAGUCACGGCCGGGUUAUCAACUCUCCCCGGAUGCGUAUGAUAUGAUCAUCGACAUUUUGGGGAAGAUGAGGCGGAUGGAUAAGACUAUGGAUUUGUUGGAGAGAAUGCAUCAGGAUCGUCUGGUGACGCUCAACACUGUAGGAAAGGUUAUGAGAAGGUUUGCUGGUGCAGGGAAAUGGGAAGAUGCUGUGAGGAUUUUUGAUGGGUUGGGAAGAUUUGGAUUAGAGAAGAACACAGAGUCAAUGAACUUGUUGCUUGGCACACUCUGCAAAGAGAACAAAGUUGAGAUCGCCCGCGAUAUCUUUUUAGAACUGAAAUCACAUAUCUCACCAAAUGCUCAUACGUUUAACAUUUUCAUUCACGGCUGGUGCAAGGUCAAUCGGGUUGAUGAGGCGCAUUGGACAAUCCAAGAAAUGAAGGGUCACGGCGGUCACCCUUGUGCCAUGAGCUACUCGACUAUUAUCCUCUUCUAUUGCCAAAAAUGCAACUUUGGUAAGGUCUAUGAACUAUUCGAUGAAAUGGAAGCUCAAGGCUGCACUCCGAAUGUUGUCACUUUCACCACUGUUAUGUCUUAUCUUUCAAAGGCUGAGGAAUUUGAGGAAGCUAUGCAGUUAUAUGAGAGAAUGAAAUCAGCUGGAUGUAAACCAGAUACCCUGUUCUACAACUCAUUGAUCCACACUCUAGGAAGAGCUGGACGAGUGAGUGAAGCUAUUCAAGUUUUUGAGGUUGAGAUGUCUCAGAAUGAGGUUCAUCAUAAUACAUCAACAUACAAUACAAUGAUUGCCAUGUUUUGCAAUCAUGUUCAGGAGGAAGAAGCCUUGGAAAUCCUUCGCAAGAUGGAAAGUUCUGGGCUCUGUAAGCCUGAUGUUCAGACAUACUAUCCUUUGCUUAAAAUGUGCUUCAAAACUGGCAAAACAGACAAUUUUUUGGAUAAGUUAGUGAAUGAUAUGGUCAAUGGACAUCAUCUCAGUUUUGAUCUCUCAACAUAUACACUACUAAUCCACGGUCUAUGCAGAGCAGGUAAAUGUGAGAGAGCUUAUAGUCUUUUUGAGGGGAUGAUUGCUCAAGAGAUGAAGCCCAGGUAUAAGACGUGUCGUUUUCUUUGGGACGAAGUCAGACUGAAGAAUAUGUCUGCAGCUGCUGACAGCAUUGAAGAUUUCAUGAAGAAGCUAUAACUAAAUGUGAAAGCCUUGUCGUUGUACUUCAGUUCAUAUGAGGUGACAGAUACAAUCUUGCAUGUAACACUGAUCUAAAGAGUUCUUACCAUACCAGUAAGGGCCUGGAAGCUUAAUUCGAGAAAUAACUUCUAUAUCUUCAUACAAUUCUCUGAUAGCUAACAGCCGCUUCAACUGAAAACCAGGUUUCUCUUCCCUCACUUGUUCAUUAGAAAAACAGUUUGAAGGUUUUGGUGUAAUUUCUGACCUCCUUCCCCUAAAGAGAAGGUUUUGGUGUAAAUACUUCCUUUUCAAUUUAAUUCAGGGUUUCUGGUCCGUUCAGGAUUUGAAAUAAAUGUGGUUUUUUCUCAG